ACAGUUUAAGGGUAUCUUAGAGCCAUUUACAAUGCAUAAUUCGUUCAUCUUUCUUAUGGCUUUUUGUCUGCUAUUUACAUUAGGAAAUGUAGGUCAUCAAGCUGAGGCUGCUAGGGCAUUUUUCGUGUUCGGAGAUUCAUUAGUCGAUAACGGUAACAACAACUAUCUAGCUACUACAGCUCGGGCUGAUGCUUACCCCUAUGGUAUAGACCAUCCGACUCAUAGAGCUACCGGCCGGUUCUCUAAUGGUCUUAACAUCCCAGAUCUUAUAAGUGAGCAAAUCGGCUCGGAACCAACAUUGCCGUAUCUUAGCCCGGAGCUCACUGGACAAAGGCUUCUUGUUGGUGCCAACUUUGCUUCUGCUGGAAUCGGAAUUCUCAACGACACCGGAGUUCAAUUUGUCAAUAUAAUCAGAAUCUACCAGCAGUUAGAGUACUUCAGGCAAUAUCAGGAGCGAGUGAGUGCACUUAUUGGACCUCAACAAACUCAACUCCUAGUGAACCAAGCACUGGUUCUAAUGACCCUUGGCGGCAAUGACUUCGUAAACAACUAUUACUUGGUUCCCUUCUCGGCGCGAUCACGGCAAUUCGCACUCCCCGAUUACGUCGUCUAUAUAAUUUCCGAGUAUCGGAAAAUUCUAAUGAGGCUACAUGAGUUGGGGGCAAGAAGGGUUUUGGUGACGGGGACUGGACCGUUGGGGUGCGUUCCAGCCGAACUGGCUCAACACAGCAGAGCCGGUGAAUGUGCGGUUGAGCUGCAACGAGCCGCAGCCUUGUUCAACCCCCAGCUUGUUCAAAUGCUCAACCAAGUCAACAAUCAGCUUGGAUCAACUGUUUUCGUUGCCGUUAAUGCAAUUGAAAUGCACAUGGAUUGGAUCGGUAACCCUCAAGCAUUCGGUUUUGUUACAUCAAAGGUAGCCUGCUGUGGACAAGGGCCUUACAACGGAAUCGGACUAUGUACGGUAGCAUCAAACCUAUGCCCGAACAGAGACAUUUACGCAUUUUGGGAUCCUUUCCAUCCUUCUGAGAGGGCUAAUAGGCUGAUUGUUCAACAUAUCAUGACUGGUUCCACCAAGUACAUGCAUCCAAUGAACCUUAGCACUAUCAUGGAAUUAGAUUCUAGUGUUUAGCGUAUCUUCUAGUUCCUCUUUAAUUGAACUGGGUUUUUGUUCUUUCAAGAGAAAGGGACAAAAAUGUUAAAUGACGAGACUGGAACACAAAUUUAAGUUAAAUUGAACUUGGGGUUCAACUCGAUUAUUAUAUGCUUGGAUAAGAGAUUGUGGAGUCUUAUUUAGUUAGUGUCACAUUAGAAUUUGUUAUUGUGAUAUGCUUCGAUUUGUAUGCAGUACUGAAUAAUAUUUGUAUGCACUUUUCAUAUU